CCAAAAUCAAAUGGGAGCGAGCCAUCUACCUCUGCAUGCUGCGUCCUGCUGGCCUCCACCUCUCCCCUCCACGCCCUCCGCGUUUCCUCCGGCAGUUCAAUCGUGCGAUCGAUGCAACAUGACCUAGCCUCUUCUCCUACCAGGUCGAUUUCACAAUUACUCGCCUCCCACCCACCCGAACCAACAUCUCGGCUUCCAACCACUUCGUCCCACGCUCGAUCAGCUCGACCGAAUCCCUCCCAAAUCUCAACCGAUUUGCUUCGCCCACGAUGAAGUCAGCCAAGCCGCCCGCGGCGGAAACACCGUCGCACCGGCGAUCGCAGCCCGUUCGACAGACACGAACAAACCCUCCGCGAAGUUCGGCCAGCCUCGGUCGCGCUGGUGGUGGCAGAGACCUUGUUGGUGCAGGAUCCCUCAGCGACCAGCCCAUCGAGAUCUUCCCGGCAAUCACCCACUUCGCGGACGCCAUUACCGCGCUCCCCAAAGAGAUCGUCCGACACUUCACGCUUUUGAAGGAGGUUGACGCCAAACUCUUCGCCCCCGAAGACCAGCUCUUUCGACUCGUCGCUGCUGUCGCCAAGGCACCCCUCCCCGAGCCACGUCCGAACAACGAGGCCUCGAGCAGCAUUGCCCCAGCCUCUGCGCCGAUGAGCGCCCAGAACAGCUCCAACGGAAUUACUAUGAGCAACGGUCUGCAUCCUGUGCCGUCCGCCGACGACUCUCACAAAGACCUGGUCUUUGACCCUUCCAACCUUCCUCGCCGACACCUGUACCGCCAGACGGCGAUCAAGAUCCAAGAAAUGCUAGUAUCGCUUGAAGAAAAGAACCACGUCAUCUCUACGGCCAAUGAAGCCCUUCAGGCUCAACUCGCCCGCAUCGAUGAUGUCUGGCCACACCUGGAGAGCGAGUUCAGCGACGAGACCAAAUGGGGGAGCACCACCCACUGGGCCUAUCCAGAAAAUCGCACAGGUCGGUCUUCGCAAGCCGACCGCGCGCGACGCGAUGGCGCCGCGGCAAUCUCAGCAGCGGCGCAGGCCUUAGCUGAGGAGGCGGCAGCUAGAAGCGAUGCUCGGAAGCAGGCCGUCCAAGCCAAGAAGGCCUCGAGGAACCAAAACAACAAUACCAAUAACAACCACGACGAUGACUUUGACGACCACGAUGGUCGACACAAAGGCGAGAGCAAGAAGUCGCAGGGCAGCAAGUCUCGCAAGACGGCAGAACCCAACAACGUUGGCUUAGGUAUCACUACAGCAUCUGCUACCCCCAGCAGUAAUCCCCCCCCGAAGAGACGCAAAGUGGAAAAGCCGACAAACGGCGCGACAGCGGAACGCGCCAUGACAAGCGUUUUUGGACCUACCGCGCCAAAAGCGAAAACAGCAAGCCCCAGAGCCACCCCAGCACCUGAGGGCCCAAAGAAGAGAAAGGCCCUUCCCUCUGGCAGCGGCCAAUCGAAGAAGAGCAGGAACGGGGUAACCCCUUUGCCUCCAUCGGCCACUUCAUCCCCCGUGCUCACCGAACUGCCCGAGCCGAAACCUGUCGCCGUCCAGCCAUCUCCUGUGCCAAUCGUAGCGCCGAUCCCAGCACCAACGCGGGCGCGCCAGAAUUCGAUACAGUCGGCCAAUCUGGAGAACGGCAAAGCGCGUCCGACUUCUUCAGCAUCUAAUAAGCCAAACGGCAAUCCGACUGCCACGCCCGAUCCUAAUAUCACACUAUCGAGUGCCUGGCCACGGUCCGUACCCGAGACCAAGGUGGUGAAGGAACCGACGGUGCCCAUCAAGACUGAACCGGCAAAGAAGGAGCCCGAGCGACCAGAGCCGAUUGCAGUGCCCGUACCAGCAGUCGCUAAAAAGGAGAACAAGCCUGAGGAGAAUGAGCGCAAGAGUGAAUCAGUACCUCCAGCGCCUCAGAACUCAACAGUCACAACGAAGAGCGGACGAGCCAGUAAGCCCUCAACGCCAGCUAUGGCGUCGUUCCAGGAAGCAGCCCGGUCGCGAUCAUCACGAAAUGCUGAGGGUGCUGGAAUCAACAAAAAGACACAGAAGAAAGCGGGUUCUACUAUCCAUGCUGUUGUUAGCCAUCUCGUGGAUGAAGAUACGAACAGCAGCAUGCAGGGUGACGAGGAGGAGGGGGAGAUUGAUGCGGACGAGCCGACAUAUUGCUAUUGCAACAGUGUCAGUUAUGGCGAGAUGGUGGCAUGCGAUGCAGAUGGGUGUCCACGAGAAUGGUUCCAUCUAGAAUGUGUUGGCCUCAAAGUUGCUCCCACAACAAAGGCAAAAUGGUAUUGCGAGGACUGCAAGGAACGCUUGAAAAUGGGAGGGAAAAAGGUCAAUGGACGAUAGCGGUCAGACAAUGGGCAAGAACACGAGUCACGGACGAGUCAUAAUGGUCUCAUCGAGAGGUUGACAACCGGUUCCGAACCGGCUCCAACGGCCUAGGCUGGAAAGCGCAUGUAUAUGACAGGCACAGACGGCGUUUCUUUUUGGGAGGACGGUCAUACAGUACCGUUUGUUUUUGGCAUUUGGCCCGGGCCGGUCGGAGAGACGACUAGGACCUCACGCUUAUUAGCUUUUCGUUUUGAGUGAUCGGAACAGGGUCCCGAAAUGUCUUGAGGGAUCCGGCGUGAGACGGCAUGUGCGGUGUGUGAGGCGGGAGCGGGG